UAGCUGUUCUUAAAAAAUGGCUUAUGCUUAUCAACGCGGACUGGUGUAUCUACGUAAACAUUAGGGAUAAAAAGUUAAAUCAGCGCAGUAUAGUGAAAAAGUCAGUACCCGUGGUUCGGUCUAGCAAUGAUGUUGAGGUAACAGUGAGGCAUGACCUUAAAACUACGAAACAUUUACCGUGCCAUGAUCAAAUGUCAAUUCCAGUUUGAGUAGUCUUGGCUCCGUAUUGUCAUCCAAGGCUGGCGGUCAAGCAUACAGACGACCUUGGACUGAUGCUUAGCCAAGUUGGGAUUAUACCACAAAACACUGAGGUGUCAAAGUACGUUAUGUUAAGUGAUUAAUAUCAGAGAUACCAUAGUGUGAAGGCAAUGUAGCGAAUAUACAUUGAUUUUAGACAGGGAACUUUUUCAGAUAUCACAUCCACUAUCUACAACAGGUGGUUUGGGAUGUUCACCCCCAACUCGAUGUGGACGGUUAUUGGGACUUCUUACUGCACAUGCUCUUACGUGCUACAAACCAUUCAGUUCCUCAAACGGUUCCGAAAAGCUGAGAGCCACCUACAAUAAUCAAGAACCGUACCCUUUGUCUGCUAAGCCGCAAAAGGCACUGUUGGGCGGAAUAAAAACGAACUGACAAUGACGGAGCGUACAGGCAAUACAAACAUAUAAGGAACAUAUGCACGAAGGCUAUAAGAGAAGACAGGCUUCAGUACCAAAUAAAGCUUAUGGAUAAAUUUGUUUCUAAUCUGAAAAGCUUAUUUCGUUAUGCAGCCUCUCUUCGUCAAGCCAAAACUGGAGUUUCCCAACUGCUAGGUCCUAAUGGCCCGACCAACAACGAUGGCGACGCCGCCAACCUUCUGGCUGAACAUUACUCCCAGAUAUUUCAACCGACCGACAUCGACUUUACUGAUGACAGUUUCAUCUGCAAUUCAACAGGACUUUCCGAAGUGAACUUAAGCGCUGACUUGGUGUUCCGGAAACUGCACACCGCUUAGCGUGAUGUUCUCACACUCGCUAAGUCGAGGAAAACUACCGGAAAAAUGGAAGCUGGCUCACAUCACACCAAUUUUCAAAGGAGGUCGACGCAGCGAACCUUCAAGUUACUGACCGAUGGCUCUUCUCUCAGUACCUUCAAAAAUCAUAGAGUCCCUGAUAUGCGAUGGUAUAAAUGACUAUUUACUGUCCUUAAAUUUCUUCUCACCCCAACAGCAUGGUUUCAGGAAGGGUUACUCUUGUAUUACCAACCUGCUGACUGCGGUGGACAGAUGGACAAGCAAGGGAAGGUUGAUAUCAUCUACCUAGAUUUCUCAAAAGCUUUUGAUAAGGUUAACCAUACAUGUCUUAUCAACAAGCUCAAACGAUUGGGUAUCAGACCACCUCUAAUCAAUUGGCUCACUUCAUACCUGAAAAAUCUACCCUUUAAGGUCGGGGUUAAUUUCACUUUAUCUCAGGCUAUGGAAUGUCCUAGUGGGGUCCCCUAGGGCUCUUCUUGAUCUACAUAAAUGAUCUUCCUCAACAGAUAACAUCAGACUUAUUACUUUUUGCCGACGACGUAAAAAUUUGGAGAGAGAUACGCAACCAAGACGAUAUACAGGCACUUCAGGAGGAUCUGACUCGGCUUCAAAGUGUAAAGUAGUCCAUCUGCGACAUGUCGCAGACUACAGUUGUAAGUUAGGAAACUCCUCUCUAGUAGUAUCCAAAGUCGAAAAAGAUUUAGGAGUCCUGGUGCCCUACGAUUUAAAGUCUUAUGCUAACUGUGACAAAAAUGCCUUUCGAGCAAACCUUGCACUGGUAACAUUGAAGCGCAUUUUUGGCCAGUUUGACGGAAGAACUUUCCAUAUAAUCUUCAAUAGUUUUAUCCGUCCCCAUUUAGAGUACGGAAACAUAGUAUUUCCCCCCUCACUCCAAAAGGAUAAGGACACCCUGGAGUGUAUCCAACGGCGAGCCACGAAAUCAGUCCGAGGACUCAAAUUUAAACCUUACGAAGAGCGCCUCCAUUCACUUAACCUCUACCCAUUAGAGUAUAGACGUCUUCGAGGUGACCUGGUGGCUUAUAGCAUCCUUAACACUUCUGGACAUCCUCUCAAACACCUACUUAAGCUUAGUUCGAACACUAACCUAAGAGGUAACACCCAAAAACUGGAGACACAAUAUGGUAGAACGGACUGUAGACACAACUUCUACUCCUUAAGAGUUGUCAAAUGCUGGAAUUCGCUGCCGGCCGAGCUAGUCCAAGCGACUUCCCAGGAGUCCUUUAAGAGGCAACUUGAUCUAUUCUUAAGGAUUAAGGAUAGUAUCACACUAUGAUUUACUAAUUUCUUUUCCUCUUUUAUUGUUAACAUACCUAGGUUCCUGCCUGGAGGAUUUGGUGAUCCCCUGCUACUAGACACGGAAGCCUGUUAAGCGAAAGCUUCUUCUAUUCCGUCCACAACCAUUUGAACUUUCGUCUGAAUCCAGGACUGACAUUAUAAGAUGAUUUUCAUAUUGAUUUGUAACCCGAAUAUCCGCUUGUAUUGAGGUGUUAGGAUGUGUUUUUAGACGACAAUAGCUGCAGACAAUUGACCGAAUAAGGCAACGCUUGUUUACUUUUAGUACGUAUCUGUAUGUUUCUGAACCUGUUAUUGUCGUGCGUUAACUUGGGCAUGAUGGAUUUGUUAGCUUUCAAACGGAUAUUUGUUUCAAGUUUUUAGAAGCUAAUUGAGUGAUAAUAAGUUGUUUGAUUGCAAUAAUGAUUGUUCGUACUGAUUCUAUGUAGCCCUCAGGUUGGUGGAUGCAUGACUGCGAAAUAUUUGUUUAGUCCAUAACUUUGUUGCUGUAAGGAACUGAAGGUUUGUUUAUUGUCUUUUCUAGUACAAAUUGGAACAUAAUGUAGGGAUGCAUUUGAGUUUCACACUAAACAUUUGCGUUUGUUUUCUAAUAAUUUUGUCUGCGUUACAUAUUACGCAGAUAAAUGUUUGAAAAGAAAAGUUCAUUAACAUCUCAUAAUGUCUCUUUUUAUCAUUUAGGACCACUACAUACGUGUAGAAAAUGUCCCAUAACUGGCUAGUUUAACGAUUUUGAAUGCCCAUUUCUGAUUCUACAUUUUGUGUCAAUUCCCAACACAAACUUUUAACUGUUUACACAGAUUCAGCUCCGAAUUCUCUCUCAGAACUUAAUUGUCCUAAUGUAUUGGACUCAAUUGGUGCCUUUGACCAUGAAGGUAAAAGUAGUCGCAUCUCUAAUUCGGAAGCUGUUGGUAAUUCUUUCGUCACUUUUGAGGUUUCUGAGACCGAAACAUGUGCAAGCAAUUUAUCAGACGACUUUCAAACAGUUCCAGAAUAUUCAUUACAUAAUGAGGUUUACAUACCAGCAAGGUUUCCUAGUACGUUGUGUCGUUAUACAGAUCAGAUAAACACAAAUAAUUAUGGAGAUAUUGUUACUCAGAAUUUGUUAUGGCUAGCUGAGGAAGCUGUACAUGCACCUCUUGAUGUUAUGACGGAAAUUCCCCAGGAUACAAACCUCAUGUCUAAUGUGCACCCGAAUUAUAAAGCAGAUAGUAUUUUAGAAAGUCAUCUUUAUGUCACCCUUCCACCUCAUUCAGAAAUCCUCGGAGCUUCACAACCAUAUUACAGCUUCCAGGAAGAAAACACUACUGAUAAUGGACAGAGUUCUCAGCAGAUCCAUAUGUAUGUCGAUAACACAGCCCAAACCUUUUCAUCAGAAUUGGAAGUAACUUCAGAUUUAGUUCGUGUAAGCGGUUUCACCAGUGAGUCAAAAGACAACACAAUGUCGUGGCCAAACUCUUCUAGUGAAAGCUAUUCCUAUAAUUCUCACUACUUCAAAGGUGUUCCCAAUUUUUCCAUGAACUCAUCUCUGUGUAUUCAUACCGUGGAACCACACGGAGCCAGUGGAGAAAGUUACGUGAAUGGUUUUACUGUAUACCAAGGCCCUUCAAGCUCCGAUGAACUACUUGAUCAGACUUUUGAAUAUCCAGUCUGUGAUUUCUUUCCCACGGACGGUCAUAGUUAUACUUCCUACGACCAUUCUAAACCAUCUUACUAUAAUUCUUUUUCCGAAGGAUUUAGUAGCGCCAUAGUUUAUCCAGAUUGUGAUCCAAACGGUUAUGAAAGUGAACAGCAUGAUAGUAUAUUCGUCUCCAGCUUUCCAGACUCGUUGGUCACACAAGGUAAUACCUAUGUUUCCGCGUACUUAAUUCCUGAUCAAAACUGCGAUUUUCGUUUAAAGCAGUCAAACAGCUAUCCGGAUUCUACGGUACACGUUCCUUUCUGUACAGCAUAUGAAACAAAUGCAAAUAGUUUUCAAUACAGUAACUCAGUCCAGUGUACACAUGCAUUUGAAUUGCCUUCGGCAACAUUUUUGACCAAUACAGAUCAGCACUCAGCACGUAAUGCUUCUUCUGUAUACACACCAGCCAUGGUUUACCCUUGCAGUAAUACAAAGUCGGAAUCGCUUCCUAACAACACGGAGUAUUCAUCUGUGGAAAAUGUCCCAGCCAAGUGUGUACCUGUGAUUCCCCCUAUCAUUUCUGAGAAUAAUAACACAGUCUCCAAAAAAUCGAAGUGGAUUUGUACUCAUUGUUCUUUGAGUUUUACACGUCCAAGUCACUUGGUAGAUCAUUUGCGUAUUCACACCGGUGAAAGACCUUACAAGUGUAUUUUAUGUGGACGUCAAUUCACUCAAGCUUCUAACCUUCGCCGACAUCUCUCAAGUCACAGAGCCUGGCCACCAGUGUCAUUUGUAACUGCUGCUGCAUCCAAUGGGCACCAAAAUUCUGAAAUAGUUCCAAAAAACACUGAAGUGGUAACUAACUCUACUUCAUGUCGCCAUGUUUCUCCUAAAAUUUGGAUCUGUCGGUUUUGUGAUCAACGAUUUGAAACAUACAUACAACUUCGGGCUCAUAUUGUACAUCAUAAAGACAAGCAGGUAAUUUUAGUUUAGACGACCGUAUAUAUAGGUAUUCUUGUUGUUUGGAAUUGUUUGUUGUUAAUAUUUUUUCAAAUUUACCCUCAACACUGAAUCUUUUCUUGAUUGGAAAAUGUCAUUUUUAGUUCACGUUUUUCCCUCGUUCCCGCUUCCGUUAGUAAUAUGACAACACUGGCACAUAAAUUUCUUGAUAAUGUAUUAUCUUAAAUUUGAUUGUUCUGGAUUAAUAAGACUCUAGACGAGUUGUGUGUUAGGUUCGAUUGUGGUGUAAUAGUCUAAGAAAUAUAGCGUCAACUUUAGGUUCAUACUUUGAAAGGCGAAUUGAUAUCCUCGGAUCUGGACUCCAUAUUAUCAUUGUUCUACCUUACAUAUUGAGUACCUGAUCCUCUUAUUCAUAGAUAAGUUUCAGAAAUUUUUGUUUGACUCAUUAUAUGAUAGAGUUAUAAUAAAAUUUAUGUACUCAAGAUUUAUAUUUGUGUUACGUAAUUGGCGUAUUCAACCGCUUUGGGAUUUCCAAAUGAUUUUUAUUUUUCAGGUUUAUGCAUGUGUAUUUUCUGAUUGUAACUCCUCUUUUUCAUCACCAAACAGUUUAUUAAAUCAUUUGUUAGAAAAACACCGAGUUAACAGGAGUGACAAACUUGCAUGUCAGACUUGCGACCAAAACUUUCACGGUAAUUUCGAUUUUAUUCUUAUGAUGAAUUUUAUUAUAUUCGUUCUUAUUCUUUUUUUUUUCGUUCGUUAUGUAUCAUUCCUGUAGUUAGUGGCUUGCGCUCCAAAGUUUCCGGGGUUCUCCUGUUAGUAUGUCAGUUACGGAUACUUUCGUAUUGGUAGUGUAGUACUUGACCCAUUAACUCGAUAUUACACUAUUCAUAGCAAUAAGGUUACUGUGAUAGAGGUUAAGUGUUGCACGGGAUUACAGCGUACCUUUUUCUGAGGAAAUCGUAAAAUGGUUUUGGUGUUAUGCAUCAUUUUUGAGAACGUUGUUUGUUAAUUAAAGAAAUAUUGAAUGUUAUAUUGGUGCGGAGGCAACUUCGUAGUUAAAGCACGAAGCUUUCACUCAGUAGAUCACAGAUUCAAACUCUGGUCUAUUUGUCUCAUUUCAGAUGUCCGGGUAGCAUCACUGGCUCUCGCAGACAGUGUGGAUCAAAGCUGAGUAAUAUAAAACUGUACAUGAUAAACGAGUCACGUUAUGGUAUGAUAUUCUGUACAAUACCAAAGGACUUCAUACUCUUGUUUCGAAUAUCCGUGUGCUAAGCUAAUAUCCAUGAAUAUUUUGAUAAACACUUGUGUUAACGUUUUUGAAUGUUCUGACGUAAACUUAGGUUAUGACUAUUUAAAUUGUAGAUUUCUCUUAAAUCAGAUUAUUAAUCAAUAACUGUUUAUUCAACAAACUAGUAGUCUGAUAGUUAGCAGUAUUGUACCUCCAUUCUUGUUUAACUUUGUCGUUGACGUGCUUUUAGAGAUAACACUCUCCUCAUCUAAAUUUCCAGGGGUUGAACUUCUACCGGGAGAUUCACUUUUUGAGCUAGAAUAUGCCGAUGACAUUGUUCUAUUUGGUGAAGACGCUGACAAAAUGCAGUCUUCUGAUGUAUGCCCAACCACCGACUACCCCGAUGUGCGAUGUUUUGUGGUGUGGGAGUAGGUUGGAAAAAAGCUAGGGGCGGCCAAACCAAAACAUGGUACAAAUCCAUGAAGUCACUGACAAGUGGACUGAGCCAUGUUGGUAUGUGUAGACUACCUGGUUGGGGACCGCGAGAUGAUGGCGGCCGAUGGUUAGAGACCCUGGAUGACAUGGCUCAAAAUUGUUUGCAAUGGUGCAAGUGCAUCUACUCUUUGUGUUCUCCCGAAUUCUAAUCUUCUGAAUUCUUCAUGUCCCUUGUUUUCUUUCUAAAUUUAUUUCACUGGAUUAUACUCAUUGAAUAACAUCUUCAAAUGCUAAUCUUUGCAAUUACUGCUUAUACUCUUACUACCUUUACCACAAUGGGAUUUGAAUCGACAAUUGUAUCUGUGUGCUAAUGUGGUAUGGCAACUCGAACUGAUGUACGAACGUACGUAGUUCUACGUUCUUACGGACUGACCAUAGAGUUAAAAAUAUUUUGUUGUUUCAAUCUAGAGUUAUUUUAAUGCACAGCGUUUUUAAUUUACAAAAAUUUCAUGCUAUAGUAGAAAUUCAAACUGAGAGUUUGUAUUAAAUGUAAACAUCACUGUUCAACAUCAUUGAAAAACUGUUGUAAAAUGUGUUGUUUUAUCCUGCCACGUUUCAAUCUGUACUGUUAAAUGGUUUUUAUUGUGAAAAGACACCACCUUCUAUGAAUCGGCUAUUAAAUAGAUUCAGAAGACAUGAAGAUAGUAUAUACUGUCAGUCACUAACAGUAUGUAUAUUGAUAUACUGACUGAUUGCUAGAGCUUCUAAACAUACAGCAAUAUAACUUCCAACUAAACCCUCUCAUGUAAGUAAUUUAAACCUAUUAUGUAAUUAUGAUUUUAAAUAUCACAGGUUGUAAGCAGCUGAUGAGAACCAACGAAAUAAAACAAAUUCAUGCUAUUCUGCUAGAAUGUUUGUUCUCGCUCUUUUCAAAAUGAUAAAGGGAACUAUGUGUAUGACACAGCAAUGUUAGAAAAUCUUAGUGGUUUGAUUGCCCGGUUCUUAAAUUACCAAACCAAUAGUUUUUAAAUAUUCUUUAAUAAAAACUUCAAAAACGUCAUCAAUAUCAAGAUAACUUUCUCUUUUUUUUAUUAAAAAAAAUGAAGAUUUCUUGCAUCUUGUUAGACACUUGUUGCCUCGACGUAAUGGAUCUAACUCCGGUUGUCCUAUGCUGUAUAUUAGAUCAAGAAAAAAGGAAAGUAAAUUGGUGAAGAGAAAUCGUAAAUUUAUUUCACACCAUAGGUCUACUAAUGCACAGGAUGUAGAACGAAGUUCAAAGUCGUCAGCUGAAUACUCCAGUACUGCUAAUUAUUUGGAUCCGACAUUCCGUAUACUUCCUUUACAAAGUUUCAAAAAAGAUAAUUCAUUAUUUGGUUUCAAGUAAGAAUAUAUUGUACAACUGAUUUUAUAGUUUCGAAAUUUUUUUCACUAACUCAGAAUGAGUAUGGAAUAGAAAUUUAGCUACAUCCGUGCGCAUCUAUAUUGGCGCUCUCUUGUACCAAUAUUUAUGUGUUCAAAUAAAUAAUAAAUAACAUCUGUGCGCGCCUGAUUCAAGAGUGUUCUGUAACCGUAAUGCUUUACUGAUAUGACCCUUUAAAUUGUUUCUGGUUGUUUUUCAUGAUAUAUCCAAUAUUUAGAGUUAUUUGGUAUCAUGUAUGCAAUUUCUUUGUGUUAAAAAGCUCGGUUUUCCAUGUUUACACAACUGGGACGUUAAUUUACCUUAGACGAAUAUCUACACUAGAUUCCCUCCCAGUGUCUAUUCUACAGGACUUCAACACAACUCAGAUCAAGAACGUAAAUAUAUUUCCACAUCAAAAAUCGACAACAAUCCGACAAAAUACAACAAUCGACAAUCAGUCAACAAUAAUAAUAAGGAUAGGAGAAUAUGCAACUCAUCUAACGCCUGUCAGACUAUCUACAAUUUUGAUUAAGCAAACAACCAAUCAUUAUCAUUCUCGCCCACACACCAGUUUGCUUUAAACCAGAAAAAUUGAUCCUAUACUGGUUUGAAAUUAUAAUCAUCCCUCCAAUCCAUUUGUUAAAGCUUAUUAAGAAUGCUGAUUGAACAUUGAAUGUAUUAUUGAUAAGAAUUCUGUCACAAGUGUAGGAAUUAUGUCACUCUCCCCUAGAAUUCUGAAUCUAUCAAUGACGACCACUGGUCUCAAUCCACGGCGACAAAUGUCUUCGUAAGUGGUUGAAGACAUUUGGCACGGAACUCUGGAUCUAACUGCCCAUAGUCUUUACAUCACGGUGCCCGUUUUGUGUGAAAAUUUGCAAAAGUCUUAAACAUAUCCAUACACACUUGUCUGAAAGACAUUCAAGCCAAAUGAAUCUUUCAGUAUUCAAAUCUGCCUUGUCCAACAAGACUACGAAUGAUGACACUAAUAAUACUGUUUCCCUGCCGCGUAAUGCAGAUUCGUCUUUCAGUGGUGGUGAAUCUUCUAAAACAGCCUUAUUUCUUCUUCAACUAGAAGAGUGUAUGCUAUCUCAAGGAAAUCACCUAGAACCUAACAAGAAUGCUUCACCUAAAAUAUUUGUAUGCAGAUUUUGUGGCAAAAGCUUUCAAAAACAGAAGUUUUUCAGUGACCACGAGUUGAUGUGUCAACAGUCAAUUCAAGAACGAGCACGUCGAAUUCGUCUUAGAGCCAAUAAACGACAGAAGUUUUUCGUUUCACAGAAAACUAAUACUGAAUUGGAUAUGAAUUUAUGCACUGAUAUUACUCCUCCAAAUCAAGAUUUCGUCCUUUGUAAUUCAGAGGAUUCAGUUUCAGCGCUUAGAAGAUCCACACGUAAUAGAACAUUUCAUACAUUUUGGAAACCUAAACCAACUCGUCGAAAGCGUAAUUUUGAAUCCGUCUGCUGAUUAAAUAUAAACAGGCUCAGUUCUAAAAUAAAUUUUCAGGUAUUAAAUUAUAAAAUAUAUUCAUACUCUUUACCUCUCUGCACAGACAACAUUUAUAUAUUGAUUUUGUUAGGAUAUGGAUAUUUGGUAAUCUAGCGCUUUAUGUACACAAUACUUACUCCAUUGAAUCUGGUUUGUAUAAAUUCUACUAUUUUAAUUUGUUUAUUACAGUUUCUCACAGCUUUUCUUUAGGAAAUAUUCAAGAAGCAACGAGUGAACUAAAAUUUCCACCUUAUUUUUACAAGCCCUUGUAUUAGGAAUUUAGGAUUUUUGAUAAUCGUAUAUCAUAUGGUUGGUAACUAAACCAUUCAACUUUCGGUUGACAAGUCCUGUUUUGGAACCUCGACCUACUUAUUUUGGUUUGGGUGCUAAACGAGAGGAUUAGCUUCCUUACAAGGUAUGACUUAAAGCUAUGUAAAUAAAUUUAUUUCUGGUAGAUGUAUAAUAUUUGAUUGUCACUACGGAAAGAGAGAACUGAUGAAAUUGUCUGGAUAUAUUGAUUUUUGGGGUACAUAGAAGAAAUAGCUAACGAUUGUUUAAGAUUAUACCACAAAACUGAUUUCGUAGAGUCAGAGAAGGAUGGGUGAGUAUAAUAAAAAGAAGAGAAGCAAUAAACAGAAAUUAGUGUAUGGGAAUGGAAUAACAAUAAUUGGAGGAACUGUUCAGUUAGAGAAAAUACAACCAGAAAGCAUUCUUUCAGUUAAAGAAGUUAUGUCCAUAUUUUAUGAAGAAAGUUAAAGAAAGUUACAGCAAGAUCGCUGCUGGCUUCUAUUUUGAGCCACGUCUGAUAACGCAGAUACAUAGAUACAUGAACUUCUCGACUACUUCUAUCUGCUCACUACCCAGAGUAAGUGCAGCUUCAGGGUCCUGCCAGUCUUGUAGAAGUACUUUGCAAUUCGAAGGUUCAAGGCACAUACCGUACUUAUGGACCCUGAUUACCAACUCAUUAAGUGCGGAUUGCAUGGUUUGGGUAUCACCGCACAGUAAGACAAUAUCAUUCGCGUACUCAAGUCAGUUUUUAACCAGAAGGUCGUCAACGACUUUAAAAAGGACUGGAGGUAAGUUAUCUGAGUCUGGUGAUUCGUAGCGCUUCAGGAAUUGGAGUUCCUUGCAGAUUUUUACCUCGUUAGGUGGAUCGGUCGUCACCGGCCAUGGAAGGCAGGACAGUCUGAUCGAUGCUACCAGUUCAGCAGACCAGUUGACCUGCUCCUCGAAAAACUCUGCCCCUCGUCUGAGACGUCAGUAAAUGUUAUUGACUGUCAUCCCGUCAUCUUCACAGAUUGUUUCACUCACACCAGACUUCGUGCUGCCAGUGACUCGCAUGAGUUGAAAGAGCUUCCGGCAGUUAUUAGAUGCAGCUGCUGCUCCGACUCAUUGGCACGUUCUGACCACCAGGCUUCUCGGUUCUUACAUAAGCUUUGCUCAAUUCCAUUACGUGACAGUCUUCGCUUGUGUCACAUCGGCGAUGAAUGUACUGAUAGUUAAUGCUAACCAGAAGCAUAUUGUAGUCUGCGCAAAGUUGUAGUAGAUGGUCACCGUUAUCUGACCUGCGACCAACAAAUCUCCAUCGGUCAUCUAAACGACUUUUUAUGUGUCUAGAAGCCCGACAUAUCAUUUCAAGUUUCCGGCUAGUACUACAAUAUCCGUCGAACGUACGUUUUUAAAGGAACAUUUAGCCGUUGGUAGUUUAAUGCCAGAGGUUACUCUUGGUUUUCCGUUAGGAGUACGCCAAAUUGAUAAGCGUGGAAUAGAACAGUUGGAGUGCGAGGUUGUCCUUUCAAAUAUACAAAGCUUUCAACAUGCAAUGUAGGACAAUAGGAAAUAUAAUGCUUAUGCAAAACGUGAAAGUAAACAAAUACCUCAGCCUUAAAGUCUUGACAUUAAUAAGAUGUUUUCGGCCAAUUGUUAACCACCCAACUUAAGUUGUUAUAUUAGCUUCCUCCCAGAACCGACCUCUGUAAGAAUGACUGUUCGAUCAACUUAUUUGACAAAAGCAUGUUAGUUAUUUCCACGAAUUACCGUGCCUUUACUAUUUUACAUUCCCUUUAUGUUAAAACUAGAGCUAGUCAGAGAAUAGGAGGUAAGAAAUUGAAACAAGAAAACUUGAGGAAGUGCCACGAGCGGUCUACCCAACACUAUGUCAGUGAAGUACAAUAUCUGUCGAACGUACUUUCUGUAGGAAAACAGUCAACUGGUAGCAAAACUCAUCCUUGAUCGUAUCCGGGCUGCAAUCUGUCGGAGCGUAGGUGGAUAUGACGAAAGGAUAUCGUUUUUCACGCUGAUUUCUUCGCACUUCUAUGGAGCUUUCCAAUCUAACAGCACAAUCGACUAGUUCUACGUCAGUUCUACUGCUUAGUGCGACACCAACACUGGCAAAACCAAACGAAGUUUCCACAAGGUCCCUGAAUAAUCGUGUGUGAAACCAGCUUUUCGAAGCGACAGAUUGAGUGCGAAUUCGUAGUGCUUCACUAGAGUAUUGGUUACGGUUGACGAAUAGAUAACAGACAUCUAUGUCUAGACUUUCUUAAGACAUAGCUAACCCGAUCUGUUGUCUGUUCCGCAUUGGUGUGCGAACGUUGAAGGAGUCCAGUUUGAAUGGUAUACGUGGUUUCAGAAAGACGGUUUCAGAAUUCGUAUUUGGCAAUAUCAUUCACCAUAGGUGGGCUGCUGUUUAAGUAGGGAAAUAAACGAAUGUACUAAUUGAGAAGAAAAGAGAGUAGUUAAGAUACGUUGAGUAAAAGUAAUAAAAACGAAUGAUAUCAAAUGAUUGUGAAUAUUAUUCGUCUCAAUGAGAGUUAAAACAAGAAUUAUUUUUCCAGUAGUAGUUAUACAUUGAUUUGUGUGUGGUCUGGAAUACUGCCCAGUUGCCUAAACUGAAUCAGGUUGUUUUCCAAAGAGAGCUACAUUCUGAGCUUUUGACCUAAAGGUCUAAUCCACAAGUCAGUAGAGCAACGUUAGGAGAUGAAGUCAAAUGGUAGAGGGUGACAAUACUUCAUUUGUUACCUCAGGAUUCUAAAGUGAACGUACACCAUUGAUUCGGAGUCAGGGCUUUCCAACUCUACUAGGUGGUACCUCCGUACUCACCGAGCUCUUUAAAGCAUUAUAUAUUCACUUUACGUCCUUUCAAUUUCAUAAACAACACCCCCACCGUGAGAAGGCAGUGAGUAGAAUUUCUCUGACAGUGUUUGUAUACGCGUGGCCAUGUAAGAGCAUUUUGAGAGGGAGAACGCUCUCUCCUCACCUUUAGCCGUACCCAGGGCAUUUGGGUGCGGAUUCCGCUACUAUUGCAUUGUUUUGUUGUUCAGUUACACUCCACAAAUAAGGAAGGUUGAAUAUUCACUAUUUAAUGAGUUCAGUUCUAAUUAACUCUCUAUUCCACGAAUCAGUUCAAACAAUAAAUAUAUAUUUCACCUAAUCAAGGAGGUGCAUUAAACACGCACUUAUACAGCUGAAUUUGCAUUCUAAGUAAGUAAACGUGAUUGUAACUGGUCAUUAACUGAAGAUUUAACGAUUGUGUAACUCUUCGUAUCUUGGUAUGUUACUGUUAAGCAAAUAAGGCAAACCUGAUUAUGUAAAAUAAGAUUCCAUGUAUCCUAAAAUAACUUGUGUUUCUUAGAAUAAUAAGGAUGAUGUAGUUUCGGAUAUUAAUUUCCAAUCUUCUGGGAAAAUUGGAAAUGACUUAGGAGGAAAUACCAUGCAAUGAUAUGAUAAUCAUAAUCACAACAUAGGUCGUCGAUUUCCCUCUUUUUAGUUAAAUGUUCGUUAACAUUAAAUGAUGUCAGUGAAUCCUGUUUACCUGAACCAGUGAUGUUUUGUUAGGUCCCGAUAAACAUAAUGAAUGGUAACUUUGGGAUCCUUUUAUGGACCAAUACUAAACGUAUAUUUUUAUCGUAUAAUUUUUAAGUAACUAAACUAUUCAUAUUCCUCUUAUUAUAAACUUUAUUUUGACCCAUAAACUAUUAUUAUACGUUUUACCAUUCUUGACUUAUGCCCUGUCUUUUAGUCACUGCCUCCCGCAUUCACAGCCACAUUUGGCCAUAUUUUAUACAAAUGUUAUUUUUUAUUUUAUGCUACGUUGUGGUCUGUUUGGUUGGUAUAUAAACUCAGUAUGUUUGAAAUAUAAUGAUUCAUAAAGAGAGCAAGAACAAAGAUUGGUGCAGAAUAAUAUGAAUUCAUUUUAUUUCGUUAGGUUCUCAUCAGCUGCUUACAACCCAAAAUAUUUGAAAUUCAACAUUAUUAUAGAUAUUGACAUACUUAUACAUAAGAGGGUGAAUAAGGACGAAUAAAUGUAUCAUGGUGUAGCGAAGAUUCCGAUAGAGUUAAUGAGGUCAUAAAAUGUUUGAUUCGAAUAAAUAAAUAAAGUUUGAGAGGGAAAGUUCUGGAACUUUGAAAUAGUGAUUAGAACUCAUGAAAAUAGAUUAAUGGUAAUAAAGAAAAUAUGAAUUGAAAUCAGUCAGCUAUGUAUGAUGUAAUUUAAGAGUUGGAGUAAUGACUAAAUAAAUAAAUAGAGAAAUAAAUGAAAAAAGGGGGGUUUAUUGUUACCAGGGUAAAGAAAGAUUUCUUACUGUCUCUUUUUGUAUACAUAGAUCUGGUUUUAGACGUUUGAUUGCUAAUGCUUCGGCAAAUUUCAAGAGGUUGCCGAAGCAUUAACUUCCCUCUCAAACUCUAUUUAUUCGAGACAAAAUUUUAUGACCUCAUUAACUCUAUCGGAAUCUUCGCUACACCAUGAUACAUUUAUUCGUCCUUAUUCACCCUCUUAUGUAUAAGUAUGUCAAUAUCUAUAAUAAUGUUGAAUUUCAAAUAUUUUGGGUUGUAAGCAGCUGAUGAGAACCUAACGAAAUAAAAUGAAUUCAUAUUAUUCUGCACCAAUCUUUGUUCUUACUCUCUUUAAGAUAAUAAAGGGAACUAUGUGUAUGAAAUAAUGAUUCAUAUCGCAGAGGCUAAGACUUGUGUUCUGGACUUAACUGGCUGGGCUGAGUAGUGCGUUCGCUUCCCCUUGCUGUUUGACGACCUUAUCAUUCUAUAAUACUAACGUUAAUAAGUACAUCAUGAUUCUAAUAGAUACAGGAAGCAAUGACUGAAUUUAAGUGCGGAGUAAAUUUUAUGCUGAAUCUCGUUCACAUUCUUUUUAACUGAUAACUCUAAUUCUUUAAGGUUUUGUGAUAAAUAUAUGUGUUCCAUCUUACAUAUGAAUGUUAAAUAUAUAUUUGCGUCCUAUUUUCUUUUCUUUUUGAUUUAUUUACAUUUUGCAUGCGUGUUGUGUGAUUCAUGUCCUUUGCUUGCUAAUUGGGUCUAUGAACACUGUUGUCGUAUUAAGCAGACUACGCCAACCAACUAAUCCAUAAGUAAUUUUUGGUGUGUUAUUUCCUGCUGAAUUUUGGUCACUAUACAAAUCAGUAACUUAUUCCUGAUACUAGUAUCAUGGAAAGAUCCAUUGUUUUUUUGGCCUAAUUAUUGCGAGCAUUCAGACAUCUCUCUUUCUGUUCAACUUAUGAAUCAAACCUUUUUCCUUGAUUUCUAUCGGUUCCAUUUGGUAUUUUCAUAACUGAAACCCACUUGAUCCUAUGCCGUUCUAACCAACAUUCAAUUUUUUGCAUACUGGUUUUAACUGACCUUAUGUCACAGUAACUCCUUAUAAAUAUUCCUUCAGACAUUAUAACUUCUUCAAUAUAUAUUAAACGCUUGCUUAUUUUCUUUAAUUUACUGUUUACCUUCUGAUAGUAGUUUCAAUGCAAAUUGGAAAAUUACAUUAUUAAACCAAGAUGAUAUUAAUCAUGCUUUAACUGUUUAUGAUAGUCUACGUAUUUUCCAUUCACAAUGACAUCGUUUAUUUUUCAUUGAAGGUUUCCCAUUUCAAUUCUCGGAUGCCUAGUUUAAGUGUUCAAGCGAGUUCAGCACUUCAAUUUGAUAUUUUAUUUGAAUGUCCUCAAACUCGUGCGCGAUGCUGUAACCUUUGGUUACCACAUUGUCCUGGUGGACCAGUAGAAACUCCAGUUUUCAUGCCGGUCGGUACACAAGGUGCUAUGAAGGGUAUCACUGUAGGCCAGUUAGAACAGCUGGAUUGUCGAAUUUUACUUGGAAACACUUAUCAUUUAGGGCAUCGCCCAGGACCAGAGGUUCUCAGAAAAGUAUGAUUUUAUAAAUAUUUCAACUUGAUUUUCUAUUAUUUGAUAUUCAACUUGACGUUGUUGUUUUUAAAACUUAAUAUAAUCAGUUACAGGCAUUUUAGGACCUUGGACUAAUGUAUAAUGGUACGGGUUGACACAUCCCUGUCCGACAGAUAGAGAUAUAAAAUUAACACGAUAAAGUGAAGAGGAAAAAAAAUUAUUAUCUAUUCAGAUGAAAAUUUGGAAACUUAAGUGCUUUGUUCUAAAGGAAUAAAUAAAAUUGAAGAAUCUAAAGUACACAAUAACAACUAAGAUUAAAAUAUAGAGGAGGGUAAAGAAUGACUGCAACCGCAUCAUUUUAACCAGUUUUGUCCAUAUCACACAUCUUUAACCAUAUAUUAUAAUAAUUAAAUAAAACUUAACUAGAAACCCUAAGUCUCCAUAUUUGGCUCAGAUCGGCAGUCAUUGAUUGUAGAGACUGAUGACUCUUCUCCUUUCGGAUGGCUCCUAGAUCCUCCAGCAUUGUGAGUUUUGGUAAGCGGUGGUCAAAGCAUAACUGUAAGUUCAAUAGCAGAACGGACACUGCCCACCUUAUACAGUAGUUUUACUGGCACAUCAGUGUUCAACUUUUUGUGCCAUAGCGUUUUAUGUUUGCAUUAUAUGUGCUAUGACUGAACGGUUAACUGAUAAAAUGUUUCAAUUACUAUUGGUCGAUGAUUACUAGACUGAGCUAGCCAAUUAGGUGUUUGCCUUAUUAAACCGAGCCAUGCAUUCUAAAUACAUGCCUAUCGAUUUUGAAAUCACCGACUUACUAACAUCUUGGUCUCAUGAAGCUGUCAUUUGUGUACAAAAUAUACAACCGAGAUAGUAUAACUAAAAUAAUACAUUAAUUAAUCAAGUAUAUAAGCUAUUUUCACAUAAAAAUCCAACAAGUUUGCAUUACCCUCUAUUGGAUCAAUAUCUACUUUAAGUAAAUUGGUUUAUUUCUGAGUGUUUAACCUUGCAAUCGAUGGUUUCAGUGUAGAUAUUUUUAGCUUACUAUUACAUGGUGGUGUCAUCAGUUCUUUCCUAUCAGUUUCACAUUUUUCUGGUUGUGUUUUGCGUAUCCGAUCCUGACAUCUGUUUUUUAAUUUUAGGCUGGUGGGCUUCAUAAAUUUAUGUCUUGGCCUCGUGCCAUCCUUACAGAUUCAGGGGGUUUCCAAAUGGUUUCAUUAAACAAAUUGUCCGAAGUUACUGAGGAAGGAGUUCGAUUUACUUCUCCACAUAAUCAUACUGAAAUGCUCUUAACUCCCGAAGAAUCUGUUGGAAAUUUCCAAAACGCACUGGGUUCAGAUAUUGUUAUGCAGCUGGAUCACGUUGUGCAUGUGCUAACAGAUGACAAAUCUAUGAAAAAAGCGAUGGAAAGAUCUAUCCGUUGGUUAGAUAGGCACGUGUUUGUUUCACUGAUUGGUUUUUAACUUUUUUUCAAUUUUAUUAAUCGUGUAUAUGUACAUACUUCAGUACAAGAUGAUGAUACUGGGUUUGAAAUUUAUGAAAUAGUUUAUCAAGUUUCAAAUAUUUAUCUUUAUAUAGCAAUAAGCUAGUUAUUAAUGUGGAUUGUGUUUACAGUCUAAUUUAAUUAAUUAGUGAUUUUUUUCUUCUUACUCCAAUCACUAUUCAUGUUUACGAGGAUUUCUCAGUUAAAUCUUUCUCGGAUAGUCUGAUAAUUAUUAUUAAUGAUAAUAAUAAUAAUAAUAAUAAUAAUAAUAAUAAUAAUAAUAAUAAUAAUAAUAAUGGUUAUUUAUAGAUGCGACAUUGUCGAUAUAUGAUGUCGCCAAGUUUUUUUUCCGAUAAAUGAGUUAUCCAUACGACAAAAUGUACAAGUAAAUUCUGAUAAUUUAUUUACAUGCCCUUGAUCUUUUCAGUAACAUUGUUCUAUAAUCAUUUUCACUGUUCGUAAUAGUUUGGUGGCUCAGACGAAUACAAGAAAUAGUUAGAUAAACCUGUAACUUCAUGCAUACAUUGUCUAUUCAUAUGCUUAUUUUUGAUAGAUGUUUAUCAAAUGCAUAAUGAUAUUUCAGUUGAGUUGGAUAAUGAUGUUUGCCUUUUUUUCAGAAGUAUUACUGCUCAUAAAGGUCAGAAAAGUAAUCAGAAUUUAUUUGCUAUAACUCAAGGUGGUUUGGACCCGACAAUGAGAAUUGACUGCAUUAACGAAAUGUUGAAACGUAAAGAUGAAGUUAGCAAUAUUUUAUUUAAUAACAUAUUACAUUAGAUUGUUAAUUAAUUAAUCACGUUUUAUAAUAACAAAAAUAGUUUUGUUAAUGAACUGAAUGACAAACCAAAUGGUUAAGAUAAAAAAAAAAACACACAAAAUAACUUAUUAAAAGUAACUAUAGGGUAUAAAGUGCUUAGACCCAUCCUGAGCUUUUUCUAACCAAGAAGACACUUAUGAGAAUUACUAGAAUGCAGUUUGCUUUUCCAACCUGAUUGAGAUUUUGACAUAAAAAUGUUUAAUUGUUGUUAAAUAUUUGGGCAUAUAUUUCAUUCAUCUUGUUUAUUAAACACGUCCAAAAAUUCCAGUCAUCGAUCAGUCAUAUGUAAUGAAAUCAACCGGUUCAAUUAAUUCUAUGAGCAAAGAAAACUUAUCACAUCGAUUUGGUUUUUAAUUUGUAUUUUGUGUUUAUGGUCAUUCGAAUAUUGAACUAUUGAAGUGUAUUUCAACAUAAAUAGUAUCUUGGCUUUGAUUGAAAAUUUUUUAUUUCUUUAUAGUUGGCUGGAUUCGCUAUUGGUGGUCUUAGUGGUGGCGAAUCAAAAGAUGAUUUUUGGCGUAUUAUUAAGCUAUCAGCAGAGCAUCUACCUCUUGACCGACCUCGUUAUGUCAUGGGAGUUGGGUUCCCUACUGAUCUUGUUGUAUGUAUAGCAUUAGGAUGUGAUAUGUUUGAUUGCGUUUAUCCUACAAGAACAGGUCGAUUUGGUAACGCUCUUGUUCCUUGGGGUCAGGUAAAAUGAUUGAUUGGUUUUGUUUUUUGGACUACUAAAUGUUUUAUUUUGUCAUGAAAUAAAAGUGUAUUCCAUAACUAACAUAAAGUGUCUAUUGGUCCUUGUUUGGAACUUUGAAUCAUCUUCAUAUCAUUCAAAUAAAGCUAGCUAUUCUAUAUUAUUUUGAUUUCUGGGAUAGUAUAUCUAGUAAAAAUUAAAUGGUUAUCAGAAGCGGUUACUACAGUAAUGCAGCACCUUCUUCCCAUAAUUCUGUACAGGAUGUUAAGUGGUAAAAUCAGUGGCAGUACUGGAUAGAGUUUUUUCCCAUUUGAAAAUAAAUAUAAUAUUUCUGAUCUUCUAAAGCACUGGAAAUACCACAUUUUCUUUCUGUUCUCUGUUUUUAGUUAAAUCUUCGUCAAGCUAAAUAUGCGACUGAUUUUCGUCCUAUCGAUGAAAAAUGUUCUUGUCCAACAUGCUCUCGUCCUUUAUCUCGAGCUUGGUUACACUCAGCAUUAUCUGGUCGACAAGUUAGUUCUUCUGCAAUUAUUAGUUUGCAUAACUUAGCUUACAUGUUGGGUCUCAUGAAACAAAUAAGAGAAGCGAUAAGUGCCAGUACUUUCCCUGAGUUUGUUCAUUCCUUCUUCGAACGUCGCUGUUAUAAAGGUAAAGAAAACGAAAGCCAAAGUGAAUAUGAAGGUUGUCGUCCUCCAACAUGGGCAUGUGAUGCUCUCAAAAGUGUUGGUAUAGACAUAUCUGAUAUUGGACGAAAUCUAAAUGGUGUCAACUGUUAUGAAAAUGGUAAUGACGAAAUAGAAAGUAAACGAUCACGAAACAGUUCUCUUAAUUGUGAAUCUAUUGAAAAUUCCGAUUAAAAAAUAAAUAUUUUUGAUAUGAAAUUUGUGUUUUCACUUUAUCACCUGUGAAUCUGUUUGUUAAUUAUGUAGUUAAUGUAUAUUAACAUAUUACAAUAAUACUUUUUACCAGUCAGUCAUUAUCAAAACAGAACCUGGAACAUCAGCACAUCAAGAGAGAACUAGCAAGGUAAAUUGCGAAGAUAGUAGUAUUAUAAAUGUCAGUAAAAAAGGCCUAACGUAUAUAUGCCUCAGAAAGUAGAAAUGAGAAAAUCAAAAGGAUGAAAUAAUGUUGAAACUUAAAAGAGUUACGAAAGUGAACGCAUCUGGCACCAAAGCGUCCGAUUUUCGAUCAUAUGAUGCCUGUAGCUAUAGAUCAGGGCUCUCACACGAGUAUCUACUUAUAAUUCUUCACUUACCAAUAUCCUUCAAGGUAACAGUUUAUGUCUUCAGGAACUGAAACAUGUAGAAUUUUUCCUCACCUAUUCUCGUAUCAGGAAGUAUGGUGUGACAAGGCAGACUAUUUUGGCAUAUGUAACACAUGUCACACCCACCGUAGUCGAUGACAAUUCGGUUUCACCAACUGAUUUUUCAUUUCUACCUAUUACUCUCUGUCUAACCUAAACAUUAUUCACUAUGUAGUUUCACAAUAUGCAACUAAUCCUUAGAAGACACCGAUGAUCAAAUACGUGAAGCUUGAGAAAUUCUACUUUUGAUAGGUCAGUUGUAAAAUAAAACAAUGAACUGCGGUACAGUGUCUUAACCCAUUGGUUGGCACUUAGAUAUAUCGUCUGUUCAGCGGGUUACAUAAGUUGAUGAAAACCAAUUGAACUUUCUGUGCCGCUAUCGAGAUUUCACUAGCCACUGUAUUAACUAGACGUUCAAAAUAAGUGUAUUCGACAUUAUCUACAUUUGCACUCCUUAUAGUUAAACAAAAUCUUUAUUUAAAAUUCUCGUCAGUUUUAGUAUUAGGUUGAGAAAUCAUUAAAAUAUCAUAUAGGCAUUUAAAUAAAUAAAAAAUGUACCUUUUUAUAAACAUUCAAUGACAAAUAUCAUGGGACCUAUCGAUUAAUGGAGUUAGUACAUAAGAUUACAAUUGGGGAUGCGUAAAUAUGUUUUUUUCAAAACCUGAUUCAUGAUGAAAGAGUUCGAUUUUCUCUCCUUUGCUCUUUAUGACCCCUGUGUUUCGGAUGAGUAUCGAUGUUAAUAUCCUAAACGAAAUAUUAUUCAGACUAAUUACUCUAUGAAGAAUUCCCUUUCAUUCAUCAUGCACUGGAACAAUCAGCGACCGCAGCUUGUGUAAUAAAAAUUCGUCUCGAUGACGAACUAUACCUCGUGUCAAAAGCCAGUUUAAGCUGGACUCUUAUCUUACACAUAACGUACUUGGCAUGGUGGCGAAUCGAUUGGUCAGGUUGUAAUGAUUUACCGACUGAGAUGGUUGGGAUAUUUGUUAUGUAUGUUUGACCGUCACCUACUUCAACGAGCAAUGCCUGUUAAUGCAGAAGUGUGUUGGAAGAAAGAGGUGGUCUGACCAAAACCAUACAUCGGUCCAUAAAGUAUGAGCCGUGUUACUGAAGUUCACUUGAUAACUUCAAUCAGACUUUGGAUGCAUUGAAAGACUGAGCUCAGAAUCGUUCACUUUUUAUCUUCCUCUCGUUCUUCAAACCAGAGUCUCAAGGUUUAUUCUUUCUUUCUUAUGACUGCUAUUAUAUUAUUUAGAUUUUUUUAUUUUUAUGUGGUGGUACUACUAAUCAGAUAUCGCAACUUAGGACAACGAACAUUUAUUCCAGGCUCUAUGUUGAUUCUGUCUGUCUGUCAUUGACUAUGUACUUUAUUUUUGGCACAACUCUUUUCCAGAAUGCAAUAUUGUCCUGAACUAAUCGCUUUUUUAAUUUCAGGAAUAUUUUUCAUUGUAUGGAACUGAUAUUCAGGAAUUCUUCGCAUUUAUUUGUAUGCUUACUACUUUUUCGAUUUUUUAAUGCUUUAUUAAUACAAACAUCUUAUGUACCAGAUGAAUAUUGGCAAUCUAUUGAAGUCGCACACAAAUGGGUGUUUGGAUAUGGAACACUCACUUGGGAAUGGGAACCAAAAAUCGCACUUCGGAGUCCUGUUCAUCCACUUUUGAUUAGCUUCAUAUAUAAAAUGAUUGCAACUGUUGGUGCUGAUUCACAGUGGAUGAUAAUGAAAUCACCUCAAAUUCUGCAUGGUUUUUUUGCAGCUAUUGCUGAUUUUCACUUGUACAAACUUAUCAAACAGCUAUCUGGAUUUCAAAUAGCCAAAGUAUUUGUUUGCUUAUUUGGAUUGUAUUUGUACUUAUUUAACAUUGAGUUUUUAUAGGUUGUUUACACUAGUUCCCUAUAGAAUAGAAUGAUCAUUAUGAUAUUUCACUGUUCGUUUGGAGAAGAAUGGGAUUAAGACUUUGUUUUUGGAAGAAUUGUGUCAAGAUUCAUAUUCUAUAUAAUUAGAUUUGAAAUCACAACUAGUGUUGUACAGUAAUCCACAUAGAAACCUUAGCAGAAAAGAAAUACGGAACAUAAAAAUAGUAUCCCCAACUAGAAGUAUAAUGCACUCAGAAACGGGUAAAAAAUAAUUAUGUUUCCAGUAAUUUCGGUGGAUGAAAAGACUUAAGUAUAUUGCUACAAGCUAUACUAGUUUCCUAUUCAUAACACUUAUUCAGUAUUUAACCACUUUGAAAUUAACGCAGUUACCCAUCGAUGAUAGGAUAUGGUGCCCGCGCUACAUCUCGGAUGGAUUGAAUUAAAGUGUAAACUGUAUGGUUCCCGCUCGGUUAUCUAGAAUUAAAAUCCUCCAUGGUACUGCUGAGAGAUAACAAACUAAGGAGAAACUGUGGUUUUCUGACAAAUUUCAGUUGAGGAUGAGUAAUCUCUUCGAAUUACUUAGUUUUUAUCACACUGAUUUCCCCCUCUUUACUUAAAGCUGUAAUCCUGAUCUUAUUUUGAUAUGUGCUGCUCAAACAUAUUGAUUGUCAAAUGUGAAGAGCUUUCUAAUAUAUAUAUAUAAUUUGCAUUUUUGAAUGUUUUUUGGCAAGUGAAGUAUCUUAGGUUGCCAUUAUCUGUCAACAGUAUGUUGAAUGUAGGUUGUAGAUAAGAAGUGGAGUUUUGUAUGGUAAAACCUUAGAAGCUGUUGAAUCGAGAACCGAAAAGCAUUUUUACCUGAUCAAUUUACUUGUGCCAUUAGUGCUCAUUAGUCAGUUCUAUCUUUCUGAUUACAAACCAUAUUCAACUUUAAAGAAUGUGUACAAAUAUUCAGUAGAAAUGAGGUACAUGAUUUCCACUUACGUAAAAUAAGUUGUCAACCUUUAUGAUUGACUUUUUAAUGAAGUGUAAAACACAUGUUUCGGAAAUCUAGUUACAUAGUCAAUACUAGAACGGUUGGUACUCUGAGUAAUAAGUAUUUAAUUAAGUAAACCGUUUAAAAAGAAAGGAAUCGUACAUCACCAAAAAGUCUUCCCUCAGCAACCCCAAUUCAUAGUAAGCUUAUACGAUUCAUCUCGCAUGUACAAAUACUUUUGAGUUUUGUAUUUCUUAAUUUAUUGACUUAUCCCCUUAAUUAUUUUUGCUUCGUUUUGAUAAAACGAUUACAGUGGACAUUGUUUCAUCAUGUUUGUAACUGGUUUACUAUAUAUUGUGCUCCACGAAGUCUAUCAAACUGUGUUGAAUGGUGUUUAUGCAUAAUUGGUUUAUCCUAUUAUCCAUGGAAUGUGGUAUGCCAAACAGAUCAACAGUUUAUUCAACUAACCGCAUCCAACUAUCAUAAUCAGUCGAAAUGGUUCAUUUUUAUUGCAGUAGUCUGUGUUCUAAUACGUCCAACAGCUUUGAUUAUUUGGUUUCCUUUAUGUUUUUGGCAUAUAUGGCGAAAGUGUAUGAUAGCUAGUACACUAGAUAAGGAUAAUAAUCAUGAUCUUAAAGAAUAUCAAGAGUAUUCUAGGACAAAAUGGUUUCUAAACCAUCUUAUCUAUCAGAUUGGAAUUUACUUAAGUAUAAUUGUGCCCUGUUUUGCUUUCUCUUGCGUUCUGGAUCGUUUGACAUAUAAUCAGUGGAUAAUCAACCAGUGGAAUUUCAUUAAGUUCAAUAUUUUUUCUGGAGGAUCACGAUUUUAUGACGUCCAGCCUUGGCACUGGUACAUAUCCCAAGGAUUUGCAGCUAUGUUGUUAACGCAAACGCCUCUGGUGGUAACCUUUAUUGUAAUGUAUUUUAAAUAUGGUCCAGGUUUUUUAAGAGAUCUUACAGGAGAGAGAAAGAAGAUAGACUAUUCAAACAACUCUAGUAACCAGAUGUUUCGUGAUCCAUGUGGUUUGUGUAUUAUUGUUAUGAUAUGGACUAUAAUAUGUUAUAGGUAAGUUU